GCCCGUCGGCCGGUCCCAGCGCGCAGCCGCUCUCCCGCCCGCUCGCCAAGAUGGCGGCGGCGGGGCUCAGCGCCGGGCAGGAAGCGGGAGGGAGGCGCCAUGUUGAGGCCCGCCGCGGAGGUUUAAAAAUGUCUGACCAGAAAAAUAUUGUACACAGAGCCCAUUGUAUUGAAAAGCUACUGUCUGAGAACAAUUUCCAAGAUAUUGAGGAUCAUCUUAAAGAACUUGAAGAUGUUGAUAUGACUAUGGAAUAUCUUCAGGGGACAGAAGUUGCCAAGGCUGUAUACAGAGUACUCAAGAGCUGCCCUUCAGCAGGGUUGAAAAAGAAAGCAAAGCAGUUAUUAUCAAGGUGGAAAGGACUUUACAAGAAUAACUGUGUUCAGUCAGUGCCAGUUAAAAAGUCAAUUUCUGUGGAUGAGAAAGAGGAAAUUGAACAUCUCAGUGUCUUUUCUAGAGAGCAGUCACUGCCUGAAAGACCAUGUCAUCAGGAGGCAUUAGAUGCUACUAGUUCUGAAAUUUUGAUCCCAUCGCAAACUGUUAAAAAUGUGGAACAUAAUGACACAGAAGGCAGCAUGAAUCAGCUUGCUUCUUUUGGGGAGCAACACACUGAUAAUGAAGAUUCUAAACCUCUCGUUAACAAAGCAAGUCCGCAGCAGGAUCUGAUGAGAGCUCUGAGGUGUAAAUGUACAGAUCUUCUUUAUAAAGCUUUGACUGGUUCUGCCAAAGAUGAAAAAGAAUCUGAUAAACUGCUAGAGCUAGCUAAAGAAAUUGAAGGACAUAUUUUUGCUCUUCAUGCUAAAAGUGACAAAAAGUAUAAAAAUUGCAUCAGAAGCAAAAUCUCUAACCUGAAGAACCCUAAAAGUUGCCACUUAAAAGACAACCUUUUAUCGGGGACGUUGAGUCCAAAGGCUUUUGCUGCGAUGACAGUGAUGGAAAUGGCUAAUGAUGAACUGAAACAGCUCAGGGCUCUGUACACGGAAUCUUCUGUUCUGGAACAUCAGCUUCCACAAGUUAUUAAUGGUUGGGUGCGAAACACAAAUCCAGAUGAACAAAUGUUGACUUACGUUAUUUGUAAUGAAUGUGGAGAACAGUGGUAUCACAGCAGAUGGAUUUGUUUGUAACGCUAUCCCUCUUUAAGAAGUGGGUUAGAAACGUGGAUACGAGAAGGUAUCUCUUUUGAAACUGAAUGAUUGAAAAUUUUGUGUUGAUAUUAUCUAGAUACUGUCACUAAAAAGUGAAAAAUCAGUUCUAAAAAAAUGCUAAAUUAUUUUUGAAGAUUGCUCCAAUAAAUGUAUAUGUUUUUAAGUAAUGUCAAUAUGUAAAGAAAUAAAAGAAAAAAGGUAAAAAUUAGUAACAUUGUGUGUGAGAGACACUGAGUACUUGGAAUUUUCAUUCUCUUCAGCAGGAGUUCUCCCACAGAACAUAAGUUUUGUUUACAGUAAACAAACUGUUUCCAAAACUGCAGUUCACAUACUUGCGUGUGUUGCAAAAUGUCCAGCAUGGGUUCAUUCCUUAGUUAAAUCACUUUUUUGCAAGUACGUCUUAGGUUAUUAAGUUAGUUUGAGAGGAAAAAGUUAGUCUAAGGAAAUAAGGAAUGAAAAAUAAGAGUGUAAAAGGGGGAGAAGGCAGCUAGCAAACGCACGCAAGGAUGAAAUUCUGCUUUAGCUUUUUAUAGCUACUGGGAGGAAAAUAUGACUUGUGACAAUGAGUUUUCAGUUCAGAUUUACAAUGUAAGAUGGUGUGUCCUGCCAUUGCUAAGAAAUUAAUGCAAGAUCAGACAAUGGUUUAUUUCAGAAAGUAAAUAGAUUAUUGAAUUUAUCUUUAUUUAAUAAAUAGAGGCAUGAAGUUAAUAGAAGUUGAUCAUUUCUGAAUGGAUAUCCUCUC